CUGCAUGAUCUGAUCAGAUGUAAUAGGUCGAAAUUUCGUAUCGCUUCAAUUUAUAUCGAACAGCCUAUCGAUGCUGUGGGUUGAUUAUUUCAUUUAUUUUUGUUUUUGAUAAACAUUAAAAGAUUUAGGAACUCAGUUCAAUCCAAAAAUAUUAUUUGUAUCACUGUGAUUUAUCAAAUAAACAGUUCACAUACAAAUAUAUGAACAAGAUCGCUAGUUGUAUAUAAACAUAUCAUAGAUUCAAACCAUACUAUUGAAUGAAUGAGAGGUGUAUUUGAACACAUCAGAAUAUAGGUGAGAAUUUAUUUAAUCAGACUUAAUUUAAAAUAAAAAUCUAUAGGUCGCAUUCAAGAGAAUUCUUUUUCUUGAAAGUUUGAUAUAAAUUUCUGUGUUUUAUUUACAAAACUAUAUAAUAUCAUAUCAGCCGUAUAGAUCUUUUAUGUAAGAUUUUCUCUUUUAGAAAGAAUCUUUUAUUUUUAUUUUUUCGGGCAUUCCAAAAUCAACUAAAUUUUCAUAUGAACUGUGCUAUAUAUGUAUACUUCCCCAGUGAAACAAUGAGAAAAGGAAUAUAAAUAUUAAUAUCCCCUAGACUGUAAAGCUAGGGUCCAGAAACUGAAAUUGUCUGUAACACGACAAAAUUAGCCAUUUUUUAGCACGAUUUCACAGUGUAAUUAUUGUAUAAAUAUGUGAGUAGCUAUAGAAAAAAAUAACCACUUUCUUAUCAAUAUGACGACAUAUAAGUAUAAAAACAAUGAUCAUCUAUGGAUAAUACUGACAAUCAUUGCAUUAAAAUUAAAACGACAAUCUUCGUGAAAUAAUCUUCAAAAUGUUAAUAUAAGCUUAAAUGAUGAUAUCAUAAGAUGAAUAUAAACGUGAGAUGAUCAUGACUAAAGAACAUUCGGAAAUUUAUUAUUUUUAAUAAGUAAUUUCCCAACAUAUUUUAUUUUACAAUGAUAUCAUCAAUUAAAAUUGAUUUGUAUAAGUUAUUAAUUCAAAUAAAUCAUUUUUUGUUUAAUAAGUGAUUUGAUAGCAUUUUCAUAAUGAAAGAUUAGAAUGUAAGACAAUUAAACACAUAUGUUUAAUUUAAAAUAAACACAGCGUUGAUUAAGUUCUGACUUGAGACAAAAACGAAUAUAUUUAAUAGACUAAUAGAAGAGUUAAAAUAGAAAUAAUACUUCUCAUUGAUAAAUUCAUAUUGUUGAAGAAGAACAAUUAGUAUGAUAAAGUUCAACAGUAUGUGCAUUUUCCAUCUUCUAGAUCUAUGGAAAACUGCAUUGAUAAAUUUUUUCCUUUCGAAUAUUUCUACAUAGAGACAAGCAUCAUAACUUAUGUAUGCUAAUUACUUUGAUAAACUUUCUAUUAGACAUGUAGUUUCAAGCAUUAAUAUUAACAUAGAUGAAUAUUCAAUGCAAUGGCGGAUUUAGAAGAGGAACACUGGAGGCAAUCACCUUUUCCUUCCGAAUUAUUUUUCGAUUUUUCUCAGCGGAAAAUGUCCUAAAACGUGCCAAUAGGACUUCUAAUUUGACUUGAAAGCAUGCUGUUAUCAUAUAUUGAUAACGUAUCCAUUGGUGUCAUGAUUGCAUGUUUAAUACUAAAGAGCAAAUCAGUAGGAGUCAUUGAUAAUCUCAUUAUGUUUUUUUGACUAAUGGAUGUCAAGCAGUAUUAGUCAAGAGAUGAUGGUUUUAAUUACAAGGUUUCGAUAGAAAUAUCAAAAGAAAUAAGAUUAUGAAAAUAAGAUUAAUAAAUAGACUACAUUGAAAGGAAUAAUUAUAAUAAUCAAUAUGUGCCGAUAAGGAUUAGUAAGACGAGUUUGUUUAUAGGAGAAAAAAAACUCAUAAACUGAUUUUAUCUACAGAACUACUAUCAAAACAAAACAAAACAAAAAAAAUUUCAUUGAGAUAAAUUAUCUGAUAAACAGAAAACUGAACAAAAAAGAUUACAAAAAUUUACAUAAGACUAAAUUCAUCUGCUAUAAAUCUCAAAGAAUACAAUGAAGGUCUCUCCUCUUCAAAAAAUCAAUUUUUUCUAAAGAAAGAAAAGGACACUUUUUGAGACAAAUAUAUAGACAUGAUCUCUAAGGUGUCUAGUUGGAAAACUCUCCAAUAUUAAAAAGUCUCUUUAGAACUCACAAUGAGUUUCUAGAUCUCUUCAGCGAAAAGGUCAAUAUCAGAUUUAUAGGGAAAUUAUGAGCGCUAUUGCAGUUAUGGUCUCUUAUCAUAACCUAACGUGUAGUUAGAAACCUACUUGAUAGAUCGGACUCUUGAUGAGUUUUUAAUUAGUACGUAAUAUAACUAUAUUUGAUGCCCAUGUCAGAAGAUUCUUCAUGUAAAUAUACAAAAAAAAUGUUCGCCCAUUUUUCUCGACAUUGAUUUUUGCAUAAGUCGUGUGAAAUUCGGGACAAGUUUCUUUUCAAUAAUGUUAAUUCUAGUGGAAUGCGGGUUUCUUUAAAUUCCGAUAGAUGUAUUCCUCAUGCACUGUAUCGAAGAUCGAUUUUUGGAGAGGAAAGAUCUUAAAAUUAAUUGUUCGUAAAGAUUUUUUUAAGGAUGAGAAAUAUUAUCUUAAUUGAAUUUCUUAUUUGAUAAUAUCUUGAAAUUUUCUUAAAUGAAUUUUAUUUUUCAGAAUCUUGUUGUGUUUGUUUUACUCUAUGGAAUACAAUUCGUUUACGAAUGGUGCUUCUAUGUUCAAUCGAUUUAUUUUAUUAUUCAUUGGUUGGCUUAGCAUUGUAUCAUUUUAUUGGCCCAUGGUACAUUGGAUAUUUAACAGAUGGUUAUUUUGGUGCUGCUUUUCUUUGGGGCACGAUUAUCAAAGGAAUGUAUCUUCCACCUGAUAUGCAAACAUAUAUGGGAACUAUUCAAUUGGUUUUAUUUUUGUUUCCAUUCACAUUAUGUUUAUGUUCAUCAUGUUAUUAUCGUUAUAUUCAACUUCAGUCAAGUAUUGAUCUUGCUGAAUCUAAUUGUAAUCGUGGAGUUUGA